AUGAGUAAUAAUAAGAAUAAUUUAACAAUUAUUUUAGUUCAUGGUGCAUGGGGAAAUUCAUUACAUUGGAAUGAAGUUUCAAAAUCAUUACUUAGAGAUGGAUAUAAAGUUGUUGCUGUUGAAAAUCCAUUAACAAGUUUACAAGAUGACAUUAAUAAAACAAGAGAUUUAAUAGAUGCACAAGAUGGAAAAGUUUUAUUAGUUGGCCAUAGUUAUGGCGGUUCUGUUAUAACUGGUGCUGGUAAUCAUGAUAAAGUUGUUGGUUUAGUUUACAUUGCCGCAUUUGCUCCCGAUGAAGGUGAUAGUUUAUUUGGUAUUUUCAGCAGAAGAGAACAACCAAGUGGCGGUGCAAAUAUUUUACCAGCAGAUAAAAAAGGAUUCCUUUGGAUUAACUAUGAUAAAUUUCCAGAAUCGUUUUGUCAAGAUUUGCCAAAAGAUGAUGCUAUGGUAUUGUCAAUUUCUCAAAAACCAAUUCACUCAAAUGGAUUCUCUGAUAAAUUAAACUGUAAACCAGCAUGGAGAACCAAACCAAGUUGGUACCAAGUUUCAAAUAAUGAUAAUAUGAUUCCACCUGAAACUGAACUUGAAAUGGCAAAAUACAUAAAUGCAAAGAAAAUAAUUCAUCUAAAUGCUUCACAUGCUUCACUUGCAUCACAUCCAAAAGAAGUUUUUUCAUUAAUCACAGAAGCUGCCAAUUCUUUAAAUUCAAAACUUCCAUCAAAUUAA